CAGAUCCUCUCCAAUUCUCUAAAUGGGCAAUAUUUUACCUUUAACGUUCAACAUGUGUCCCUGACGACGUGGACGGUGAUGAUGCGAAGAGAGACAUGGACUUACAAAACCUCUCCAGAUCCGGUUUUUUGGCCCGCAUCCAUUUCCUCUCCCCGGCUCUUUUCCCCUUUAACAUCUAAAACCGAAAAGGGAAAGGAGGAACCUAGGUCAGCACUCUGGUCAACCUUCUUCUCCGGCGGCGGCUAUCACUCCUCCGAGGUCGGAACUUAGAAAUCUACAGAGUGGAAACAAGAUCGUUCCUAAAAGAAAUUGAAGUGAACAUAUUGCCACCAACCGGUGAAUGCGAUGAAGAAGCCCAGAUUUAAAAUUGAAAAGGGGCGAGAGUCGCGGAGAUGGUGGAUCCAACCUUAUGGAUCAGGUUGCUAGAUCGGGAUCCAGGGUGUUGGGAUGAGUUCGGAGACUUAACAUGCUAUCACGUGACAGCCAGUAGCAGAUUGAAUGGCAUCUUCAACGGUUGAGAUUUUAGAUUAAUGAAUGAACGGUUAAGAUUAAAAUGUAGCUCUUAUAAGUUCCAAAUGCUUAAGCGCUGCUGCCUCUCUCAUCCAUUUUAUAUCUCAAACGAAAUUAAAAUCUCCCGCCAGCGGAUCCGCUCUCAGAGAUCGAUAGAUAUAGACCCAACGAAAACUGAAAUUGCCGUUCCUGCCUCCUCUCCUUCUCUUCAAGCCCCUCCCCCUCCCCCUCCCUUCUGCAGCUCCUGUCUUCACUCUGCACAACCAGACCCAAAAGUCAUCCCAAGAUGACUUAAAACGAAACACCUCUACCAUGUUUUUCAUUUUCCAGAUGAGUUUCCAGAAACAAAUAAAGGAGUUGUUCCGUGAAAACCCGAAUUUCGCUCGCAGUUGUUGAGGAGAAACUUCAGUAUAGUGCUUGGCUUGACUCCUGCUGGCCAUCUUCUUCUUUGCGUCCUGAAUCUAGUGGGAUUCAACGGUUGUUGCGAUUUUCGGUUCUUUGAAUUCAAGGGUUUCUGAAGAGUGUACUGUGAAGUUCGUCGACUGAUAAAGUAGAUUUCACAUCGAGGUUGUUGCAAUUGUAGAGUUGCAGCUGUGUCACGAAUCUUAGUCUGCCAAAUUUGCUGAAAUGGCUGGGCAAUCUGACCCUCAUCUGUCACUUUUUUCCUCAGCUGAGGUGGAGUUUCUUGCAGAAGAUGAGACGGUGGAGAUUGUCCCCAAUAUGAAAAUGGAUGCGCUUAACUUUUUAUGUGGUGAUUAUGGCCCUUUCUAUCCACAAAUAACCACUGAAGUACCACUAUGGCUGGCAGUGGCUUUGAAGAAGAGAGGAAAAUGCACUAUUCGGCCUCCCCAGUGGAUGUCUGUUGAAAAAUUAACGCAGGUCUUAGAAGCUGAGAGGGACUCUCCUCGAGAAUUUCAGCCGCUGCCUUUCCAUUACGUGGAGAUUUCGAGACUCCUGUUUGAUCAAUGCCAAUUUUUAUUUAUUGACAACAGUGCUCGUGAUGACAUACCAGACAUGUAUAUGGUGAGAUCUCUUAUUGAGGACAUCAGGAAUGUUAGAUUUCAUAAGGUUGAGACUGGCUUAGAGACAAUUUCUGCUCGUACACAUGCAGUCAAGCUAAAAAAUCUGUCUGCAAUGGAAGUGAAUAUAGUACGUCCUUUUGUUGUGAGAACCUUGCAAGCUUUCUAUAAGCAUGAUAGUCCACAGAUGAUACAACACCCAGACAGGAUGGCAAACAGGCAACCACAAGUAGCUGAUCGUGGACCAAGGCGGGAUUUGCGGCGUCGUUAAAUGCCCAAAGCUCUUAUUUGGGCUCUGCUGCAACCUGGUUGGUCACUCUCCUAAUUACCUCUUCAUCUAAACGUAUUGCCCUUCUGUUUUGUAAGAAAGUCCUUGCUGGGCCAUACUGUUUCUAAGUGUCAUCUGCUCCCUAUGAUUUGAGAACUUGCAAAACACUAUGAUAUCUUUCAGAAGCAAUAAAUCUUAAUUUCUUUAUCACUAA